AUGUCCGUUACAACCACUAGACAGAAUCCACAAGAGGCAGUUAACCCAAAUCGCAAACCCACUGCUUGUGCUGCACAGAGACCAAGGGCGCACACCAUGCAACAAUUUGAGGUGGCCAGUGAGCGGCGCUCCAGUGGUGGUCGAGUGGACCUUCGGUGGCCAGGGGGUUCCCCGGUGGCCGGGUGGCGGAGCCACAGUGGCCGGUGGGCCGGGCGGAGGUUUCCGACGUCAGCAGUUGUGGGGCCAAGAGGAGGCGAUAGGGGACAGGGCCGAUGGGGAGUCUCUUUGGGUAGUGCAGCGGUGGCGGCAAGGGCCGGGGUGCUGCGAGUAGCGUGGGCCGGGGAGCUGCGGCGAUGGGGGCCGGGGAGCUACGGUGGCGGCGGGGUCCAGUGGCGGCGCUGCAGGCGGCGGUGGGGCCAAAAGGCACUGCAGGAGGCUGCAGGGAGGUGCCAGUGGGGUAGGGGGCCGACGACAGCUAGAGGGCCGGCGGGGCUAGAGACCGAGGACCAGCGGGGGCCGAGCUGGCAGGGGGCUGGACUGACAGGUCCUGUCGCCCGGUGGCGGCAAGGGCUGGGGUGCUGUGAGCAGCGUGGGCUGGGGAGCUGCAGCGGUGGGGGCCGAGGAGCUGCGGUGGCGGUGGGGUCCGGGGGCGGCGAUGGGGCCAAAAGGCGCUGUAGGAGGCCGCAGGGAGGUGCCUGCGGGGCAGGGGGCCGACGACAGCUGGAGGGCCGGUGGGGCUGGAGACUGAGGACCAGCGGGGGCCAGGCUGGCAGGGGGCUGGACUGA